GCCGCGAGGAGAACGCUUGACGCGAUAUGUGGCCCCUGGACAGUACCGGGGCUGCGGACCUGCUGGAGCCUGGUCCGUCGCAGCUGCCGCCAGACGCCGCACCCCCUGACGCGAGCGAGGAGCCCGCGGCCGCCGAGGUAGCGGGAGCGCCCGGCCCGGGCAGGUGCUGGCUCUGCAGCUCCUCGCCGUGCGGCUGGUGUGCGGAGCGGGAAGCCAAGAAGAAAGGACCCUGCCCUGGACUUGGCUUGUUUUACACAUUACUGUCUGCCUUCCUUUUCUCAGUGGGUUCUUUAUUUGUUAAAAAAGUACAAGACGUCCAUGCUGUAGAAAUUAGUGCAUAUCGAUGCGUGUUCCAAAUGCUGUUCGUUAUCCCUUGCUUAAUAUACAGAAAAACUGGGUUUAUAGGCCCAAAAGGUCAACGAAUUUUCCUCAUUCUCAGAGGAUUCCUUGGUUCUACCGCCAUGAUCCUUUUAUACUAUGCUUUCCAGACAACAUCCCUUGCAGAUGCCACAGUUAUCACGUUUAGCAGCCCAGUAUUUACGUCUAUAUUUGCUUGGAUAUUUCUCAAAGAAAAAUACAGCCUUUGGGAUGCCCUCUUCACCCUGUUCACAAUCAUUGGAGUGACCCUUAUUGUGCGACCACCAUUUUUGUUUGGUGCUAACACUAAGAGUAUGGAAGAAAGCUAUUCAGGCCACCUUAAGGGAACGUUUGCAGCAAUUGGACAUGCCAUAUUUGCUGCAUUGACUUUAGUUAUCCUAAGAAAAAUGGGAAAAUCUGUGGACUACUUUUUGAGCAUUUGGUAUUACGUAAUACUUGGCCUUGUGGAAUGUGUCAUCCUCCUCUUUAUAUUAGGAGAAUGGAGUCUGCCUUCCUGUGGAUUGGAUAGGCUAUUUCUCAUACUCAUCGGACUGUUUGGUUUGGGGGGUCAAGUAUUUCUCACAAAAGCGAUACAGAUUGAAAAAGCAGGGCCAGUAGCAAUAAUGAGGACUAUGGAUGUGGUUUUUGCUUUUAUCUUUCAGAUUAUUUUCUUUAAUGACGUGCCAACAUGGUGGACAGUGGGUGGCGCACUCUGCGUAGUAGCCAGUAGUACUGGAGCAGCUAUUCAUAAAUGCCAGAGUUCCAAAUGAGGCAUAAUUGCUAAAAUAUAUUUUUUUCAGCACACCAUUACCCAAUUCAGACACACUACACACACACCCCUGCAAAAUCUGCUUUUACUUCCUUGAUUAUAUUUAAUAAAUUUUCUAAUUAAAGUAUCAUUUUUGAAUGUGGUAUGUCUUUAGUUAAGAAUAGUCAGUCUGGUCUAGCAAUUUUUUUUUUAAUAGCUUUGGUUUUGGUUUUUUUUGAUGGGGUGGCAUCGAUCAGAGGAUCAUUACUUGAGGAAAAAGCUGCAAAGAUGUUUUAUGACUGGUAUAACUAUAUGAAAUAUUUUUUAAGUAUAUUUUUGGUACUGAUGGGGUAUGAGUGAGAGGAAAUUUUAGAUGCUCUUUUAGCAGUGUAGGAAUUAAGAAACUGAUAAUAAUGCUGCUGUAAUUAGUAUUAUGUUGAUAAUUCAUUUGCAAUAUUAUUCCAUUUAGGAGGCCAAAGCUGUAACUUAGAAUAGGUAUCUACUUAAGAUUUUAAUGAUACAAAUGAAUUUACCCUAUUUUCAAAGCUUUUAUAAGUGAUUAUCAUUUACUUAACCCAUAUUUGUGCCUUUUCAUUUUAAUGCUGGAAAUUUUUAUGUAACCUUUAAAAAAGUCUUUAAAUCUCUAGAGUUACCGAAUGGUUCCAUUUCAGUGGCAUUAGUAAGUGCAGCUAUCAUUCUGUAAUUUUAAUUGUCCUCCAUGUUUUUGAACCCACUAAAUUUUUCCUAACAUUCUAAGAUUUGGGGUUUUUAAAUAACAAGAGAAAUCUUGGCAUGGCCAUGUGUACAUUUCCAUCCUAAAGUGUUUCCCCUCAUUAGAAAUAUAAUUUUCUAUAAAUUCUCUUUGAAUUUAUAGUGUGAUGCCAAAUAAAAUUUCCUCAGGCUUUUAUUAGGUUGAGCCAUAUGAAAUUGCCAACAUUUGACCAUUUUUAAAUUACAAAAACUACAGUUUCAUAUGGUUCACCCUAAUAGACACCUCUCUUACACUCUAGACCAAAUACUUAGAGGACUUUGGAAUAUACAUAUAUAUUUAAGUAACUUUUUAAAGCAUGAUAAGGCCAUUAAAGUUAUUUUAAUAGUCUUUUUCCCUUAUGGAAUUGUAUGUGAUAAUGCUUCAUGUUACAUGUUAAAAUGUAAAGACCUGUGAAUCCAUUGUUGGUUGACUUUUGUAGUGUCGUGAAUAGGAAAAAAAAAGUUGUAAAAUUCUGGUAUACCAGUGUGAUGUUCAGUGUCAAUACUGCACCGUGAUACUAACAUUAUGAACUCAAACAACACAUUUUAUAUUUGGAACUUCUUCAGGCAAAUACUCUGCAGUAAAGAGGAGAAUUAAUAUCUAGAAAGCUUCGGAGGUUAAUCAGGAAGUGGGGAGUACAUACAAAUGAUUCCUUGUCACAAUGAACCCUUUAUUGGUGAAGCUAUAAUGGCCUCCAGUUCUCACUGUGUCAGACAUAGCAUCUGUUAUUAUCUUAAGCCUGCAGAGUUGAAAGAUGAUGGGCUCUUCCCCACCCUCUCAUCACAGUUCUUCCAAAGUAAGGAGAAACUUGGCUUCUGGGAUUUAUGCCUUGGUGAAAAAGGAUCAUUUCCAGUAGUUCCAGGAAGGAACUUUUGGCUUGCUGAUCUUCUCAGACCCUUCCCAUCUGGCAAAUCCUAAAUGAAAUCUCGUUAGGGAAUUAUCUAUAUCAUUACAACUUGAGCCUAACCCACGGUAUUGGAAUUUAGAGUUUCAAAAGAAUCGUUUUGCAAGUGUCUUGGAUAAUUAUAGAAUGGAAGCAUUUUAGAGCUCCAAGUUCUCUUAGAAAUCAUUUUGUAGGAGCCAUGCUCCACAGAUAAGAAUGCUAGA